UAAGCCAGGACAUAUUCUAAGGCGUAAACUUGCAGUGACAGACCUGUGAGCAGAUGAGGACAAGAUCCCUGAACUGGAAGGUAUGAAUGAAGAUCCACAACAUACAUGACAUACACAUGAUAUUGUUAUAUAUUCACAGUGUAGGAGCUUUUUUUUGUUUGUUUGUUUUUUGCUCCCGGGUGCACUAUUCAGAAGUGCAGUUUUAGGAGGGGCUUUAACUAUGCUAGAACUGUGGACCAGUUCUAGUGUGUGUCUCACUGGGUUGCUGUUAUUGCUUCUUGUUACUGCCUCUCUCAUGAAAGCAGUAGGACUUGCAGAUAGAAUUAGUCAGAUCAUUGUACUGUUCUGGCUAAAAAUCAGUCCUGCGAAGCCAAACAAUCCAAUCCAGCCCCAGCAUUGAUGUCCUGGCACAAGGGUGAGAGGUGACGCACCUCUACUCCCAGCCAUCCCCCUGAGAGGGCAAGCAAAGCACUUUCCCUGGCAGUGUCUCCCCGUGUACAGGCUGGGAGAUCCUACUAUGAAAUUAGCAUGUGUUUCCCUCAUGUUUCUUUGAUUAGCCCUUUCCUCUAUAGGGAUGGUUUUGCAAUUUGUUUGGAAGUAUGGAGGGAAAGAAGAACAAAAAAAAUUGGUCAUUGGGAAUAGCCUUUUGCUUGUCAUUACAGAGAUGUCUGUGUGCCUGCUCGGAUGCUUGCUCCCAGCAAUGUUUUAUCAACUCAAAUACAACGGUUCAACUGUAAGUGAUAAGCAGUGCCCUUAUUCUUGGUGUCAGAGGUUGCUGGGAAUUUUUUUGAAAGUGCCUAUAGCAUCUAAAAUCCAGUAUAUUAUUAAAGGGAAAAAAUAUUUGAGGGGGAAAAUACUGAACAAUAUAAUUGAACAAAAAUUGUGUUUUCUUUCUGGAUUUAUUAGCUUGACUUUUCCUGGAUUUAAUUGUGUUUCUGUAGUCGAAGGAAGGAAAACACAAAGCCGUAAUGCCAGAGAAAUCUUGCCUAAGGAAAAUAAACUGUGAUGUUGUUAGCUAACAAGGUAGAUGAACACUGCCGUUGCAAACUCAUUGCAUGUACCAGUGAGAUAAGUUCAUUCUGACAAGUGAGUUAGAUGAAAUUAUGAGAAGGACACACAAUAGAAAGAGGUCAGCAAAAGCAGGGUUAUAUGAGAUGCCACUGCCCGUCUCGAAUAGCAUUCUGGCUCUCAUUAGCUUGCACCAUGGAACUGCCUCUGUAAAGUAGAUGCAAAAUGGGUUCUUUUGGGAUUGGAUAUAGCCAAAGACUUGCUCAGGAAUUUUGCUGACAUGCUACAGCUGCUGUUGGGUAUUCAUUCCGUUCUGCUGGCCAUGUGCUACAUUUAGGUCAAGAUGAAACUCUGUGAAACAUUUAGCUUGAACAUCAGGUUUCUCCUUACAAAUCUGCCUGAACUACUGUGCUGAACUACUUGCUAGGGCAGGCACAGCCCCAGGGUGAACCCCAGCACACUCUGCAGGAGUACAAAGACUGAACCAAAGUUCUGUGAUGAAUGCAGAUGGGAUGGUGCUGCUGUUUAUAUCUGAGAACUUGAAUGGGUCACUUAUACGGAUAUUGCAGGGAUGGUGAAAAGCCUGAUGUAAGUGUCAGAUAGGAAAGCUGGAGAGGAGAUGAUGGGGAAGUGACAUGGAAGGAUAGACACAGACCUUGUAACUGCGGUGAGUUCAGUUCAGGGCCACAAAAGCAAUUAAGGCACUUAAACAUUUCCUGUGAGGAAUGUUUGAGAGAACUAGGACUGUUCAGCCUGGAAGAGAGAAGACUCGGGGCAAACUCAUCAGCACAUAUAAAUACCUGGGAGGAAGGGAGGGAGUGAGGGGAGAAGGACACAGGCAUUUCUCAGCAGUAUUUGCUGGUAGGACAAGAGGACAUGUGGACAAAAAUAAAAUCUCCUUGCCAAAGCAUCUUCUCUGUUGCAUCCCACAUCAGUAUUUUUGAACUAUGUUCCCACCAGCUUCUUUUAAUAUCCUCUAAUUCUCUUAUUGGAGGGCACAAUCAACAGUUAUGAGCCAUCUGUGUUGCUCAUCCUCUUGUAGUAAUGUCUGUAAUUUCCUUUUCCAUGAUCUCUUCCCUUGGCUGAAGAAUCAUAGAAUGGCCUGGGUUUGAAGUGACUGAAGUUUUGAAGCCCUAUUGUGUGUAUGAAGCUUCUAUGACCUUGUUGCCUUUCUCUGAUCCUUUACCUCUUCUACUGUAUUCUAUUUGAAGUCAGAAAACUAGGACUACCCAUAUAAGUUAAUGCACAAGCAAAUCAGAGGUUUAAACAGUCCUGCAGUCUGCCUUCUCCUUGUCUCUUUCCUAAUUAUUCCUCAAUAUCAGAUCUUCUUUCUUGUCUUCUUCUGAAUAUUUAAACUGCUGAUUUCCAGGACCUACCAGAACCGUGUGAUCUUGUUCAUGAGUAACUGCUCACAUUUAAUUUCUGACUCAUAAAGUGGUUCAUAUACAGGGAUAUUUUAAUGUAAUGGCUAAAUAUGUGGCUGUUAAGCAGGAGGUGCUUCCAGCUAGUAGGAUGAGAUUUUGCUAAAAUGAAGGUUACUGCCUAUGUGGAUCUGAUAUAAAAAGUAAUAGAUUGCAGGGUUAUACAUGGAAAGGCAAAAUACAGAUGCUGUGAGAGUCAGUCUGUUUAUGUGUGAAUAUGCCACUACUGGAGGUCAACAGCUGACCUAGUUGUCUGACCUCUUUAUGUAUUUGUGCUCACCUGGGUUGUUGUUUAACUUUUCCUAUCUUAGCUACUGAGCAGUGGUCCUGGAAAAAUGGUGUUUAAACUCACCCUGAGGUACUGUGCUGAAGCAGAGAGCCCAUGAAGUGUCCUAACAGCAUGCUCCAGGUACACAGCAGCCUUGGAGGAGAGAGGGAUGCAGAGGAAGCACUCUGAGCAUUUGCACAGGUGGAGAGUGACAUUUCCUAUAGACGCUUCUGCUUCAAGCUAGUUGAGAGCAACCAUGCUGAGGGUUUUCCUGUGACUCUUUUCUGAAGCCAGAACCCCAGUAGUCUGACCCAUGUUGAGGAGCAUCCAAAGUCUGAAAUGGGCACUUCAUUGCCCUGCUCUGCUUCCAAACAAUUUGCUGAAGAAGUCUUGAAAGCACACAAUGACUACAGGAAGAAACACGGAGUUCCCCCCUUAAAACUCUGCAAGAAGUUAAACAGAGGCGCCCAACAGUAUGCAGAAGAACUGGCUACCACAAGGGUCCUCAAGCACAGCUCUGAGUCUGCUAAUGGAAAAUGUGGAGAAAACCUAGCAUGGGCAUCCUAUGAUCAGUCAGGAAAGGAUGUGGCUGACAGAUGGUACAGUGAAAUAAAAAAUUACAGCUUUCAAAACCCAGGGUUUUCUUCUGGGACAGGUCACUUCACAGCAAUGGUUUGGAAGAAUACAAAAAGGAUGGGAGUCGGAAAAGCAUCUGCUAGUGAUGGCUCAACGUUUGUGGUGGCUAGAUAUGAUCCAGCUGGAAAUGUAGUAAAUCCUGGCUAUUAUGAAGAAAAUGUCCUUCCUCCAAGAAAAUAACUUUUUUUUUUUUUAAGGUAGUUUUAUUGCUUAAUGACAAUGAACCUGGAUUUGGACCUAACAGUGUUUGAAAUGAAGCACUAGUCAAUGAAAUUUCCUGUUUGAUACUGCUGUUCACUUCUCAUUACAGAGGAAGCAAUUACAUGUUGCUUGAGUCAAUAUGCACAUUAAGUCCCUAUUGCUUCUGAGGGGGCCUCAGUUUAUUUGAGGAUGAAGUAUGUGCAGCAUUUCUGAAGGGUAAAAUUUCUACUUUUUUUUUUUUAAUAGUUUGCAUGCACUCCAUGUCAGCAUGUGAGUAAGCACAUGUUGGAUGUCUUUUUUUUUUUUUUAAACAAGCAAAUUUAUAGCUUUCUGUAAACUGAAGAUACCAGCUUGUAAUUAUAUGAUUACUCUCAAUAUUUAUGAAUUAUAUGAAUACUCUCAGUUUUCUGGUAUUUUUUAAUAACUGUAGGUUCUUUCCUCUGUCUUUACCUCCUGCUACUAUGGGACCUUUUCUCUGCAGAUGGAACAUAUGCAAACUUCCUGUAUGAAAAGUACAAGUGUAAAAUGUAGUGGCAUUCAGACCUGUGUGUUUUGGUUAAGAGGAUCUCACAGAACACUAAAGGUUGCUGAAAAAUUUUAUCCGUCAAGCAAAUAAUAACUAAUGCGUGAGCUGAAAUCUAUUAAAAUUGUUUAAAUCCCAUUUUAGGUGCUAAUAUAUAAAAUAUGUUUCAGACGAGUGUACUUCAAAUUCAAAGUCCAUCUUACAGUUUACAGUAUGUACCUUGUCUUAUAAUCAAAUUGUUUACUUCUGUUACAGAAAAGUAAGAUUUCACUUUUUGAUAUUUACACACAAAAAAGUUUCUUUGACAGUGCACUUUGGAUUUUAUUUCUCAGUAACUUACUUUUAAUUUCUACAGAACGUCUUUCACAGGUGUCAUGCUAUACAGACAAUAACAUUCUCAAAUCAUCUCGUCUCCUUUAAUAAUGUCACAGUAGGAGGUAUUCACAUGGUUAUAAUUAAGAGAUGUUUGGUCUUUGCUCAUAUCAUUCAAUAAAAGUAAUAUUUCACAUGCUGGAUUGGUGCCUUGAAAAAAUGAAGACUUAAUUUCUUUAAUAACAAGCCAAGCAAAAAUGCUGAGGACGCUCUUUUCUCUGACGAAAUGUGGAUUGGGCAUUUUUUUGGCCAGGUUCAUAAACACUGCUUCAGUUUAGGUGGGGUUUUUUUCUCUUUAAAUGUUUCUUUUGACUUUUGCUAAGAUUCUGUAUGCCAUAAUUUGGUUCAUGAAGAGUGCCAUUACAGAAAUACUUCUUUUUGUUUACACAGUUAUAAUAAACUGCACUGUUAUGGCUUGAUUAUAUGUCACUGUGAUGCUGUUUGUUACAAUUUUUUGUUGUAACCAGGAAUUUGACACAUACCAUGAACAACUGAAAAAUAAAUAUUUUUGUUUAUGAACUACUCAA